AUGGCCACCCUCAGAGUGCUGUCGUUCGAUGCUGAGGGCCGCCCGAUUCAGUUUGAGACCUGGCUCGAUGACCUGCAGCUGUUCCUCAUGAGCGAUAGCAAGGAUAAUGUUUCUCUCUAUGACCACACGUCUGGUGCCUCAGUCGCUCCUCCUGCCACUGCUGAGCUUAGUGCCCGUUCCCAGUGGCAGACUCGUGACGCUGCUGCUCGCCUAGCCGUUCGCAAUCACCUACCGUUAGCCGAGCUCACACAUUUUGGCGAGCACAAAACCGCUAAGGCCUUGUACGACGCUGUCGUUGCUCACUACUCCUCCCCUGCCACUGCCGAGCUCAGCCGAUUUACGCUGCCCUACCUGUUUCCUGAGCUGUCCACCUUUGCCACAGUUGCCGAUCUCAUCACCCACCUUCGCACUAGCGACACCCACCUUCGCGCCGCCCUCCCUAGAGAGUUCUGUGCCAAGAACCCGCCUCUGAUGUACUGGACCCUCCACUUCCUAGUCACCCAUCUCCCUGACUCCCUUAGCUCGGUCAGGGACCACUUUCUCGCUCGCUGUCCCACCAAGCUCACUGUUGACCUCCUAGUGGAGCAGCUGCUAGCAGCCGAGAAGAGCAUUGUCGCUGUAGGUGCUGCUCGUGGCGCUCCUCGCACCCCCAUCUUUGAGGGGUGCUCUCCCUCUCCCCUUGCCCCCUCCUAUGCUACUGCUGCUGCUGUUGACUUCCUUGGUGCUGAGUCUGCUGGCGCUGCUUCUGCUUCUAGUGGGAGGCGCUGCACCGUGGAGGAGGAGGGGGUGGCGGCGGGAGUAGUGGCGGGAGUGCUGGCGGGAGUGGUAGCGGCGGAGGAGGCGGUGGCGGCGGAGGGAGUGGGGGUGGCGGUGGCGGCGGUGGCAGCGGCAGCGGCGGUGGCGGCGGCAGCGGUAGCGGCAGCGGCGGUGGCGGCCGGGACGGUGGUGGCGGUAGAGGUGGCGGUCGGGGUGGCGUCACUGGUGCUGGCCAGAGCCGUCUGCAGCAGCAGCGUCCCCAGACGACCCAGCAGCUUCUACCGCUGCUUCUCCCGCCUUGACGACGCUUGGCGUGAGGAGAUGGGCGAGGAGGUUGAGCGCCCCCGCUGGGCUGAUCUGAUGAGGGCUGGUGUUGAUAUCUUUGCUCUUGACUAUGAUGCUAUCAUUGCUGCCAUGUAUGCAUUGACUGUUAGUGCUGAGGGAGACUGUUACUUGUGUGUGCCACCUGACCCAGGUAUAGAGCCUGCUGCUCUAGGUGCUAGCGAGUCUGCUCUCUCAGGUACUGCGCCUUCUGAGGCCUUGCGCACCUUUACGCUUGACUCAAGUGCUUCUCGCUGUUUCUUUCGUGACAGUACUGCGCUCACACCACUCCCUGCACCUGUUGCAGUCUCUCUGGCUGACCCCUCCGGGGGCCCAGUUCUUGCACGGUCCACCACUGUGCUUCCGUGUCCGGCGGUCCCGUCUGGUGAGCUGUCAGGUCUCCACCUCCCCUCGUUCUCUACGAACUUGGUGAGCAACGCCGUCCUCCAGGAUCAGUGGGUUGAUACCUUUACCCCUGGAGGACAGCGUGUGGCGAUCUGUACGUGCUCCAAGACUGGCCGUCACCUGGCCACGUUCACUCGUGCGUCUGGGUCCAGUCUGUACACACUGUCGACUGUGUCUCCUCACGCGGCUGCUCACGUAGCUGCUGUUGGUCAGGUGUCUAAGUCAGGUCUGGUAGCCUACCCUUGUGAGUGUCGCUCCCUAUCGCACCAGACUCUUCUCUGGCACCACCGCCUGGGUCACCCCUCCCUGCCACGCCUCCGUGGCAUGCACCGUCGCCACCUCAUGUCUGGUCUUCCCAGGUCUCUCCCUCCCCUCCCUGCCUCGCCUGCGCCGCCCUGCCUUCCUUGCGUCGAGGGGCGGCAGCGCACCGCUCCUCACUCCUCCUCGUUUCCCCCGACAGAGGCUCCUCUGCAGACCCUCCACCUGGACGUGUGGGGCCCAGCCCGCGUUCGUGGACAUGGCGGUGAGCGGUACUUUUGGCUGGUCGUUGACGACUACUUGCGUUACACCACGGUCUUCCCCUUGCGCACCAAGGGUGAGGUCCCUGCUGUCCUGAUCCCUUGGAUCCGAGCAGUCUGUCUCCAGCUCCGCCGCCGGUUCCGCACGGACCUUCCUGUCCUGCGUCUGCACUGUGACAGAGGUGGCGAGUUCAUCUCUGACCUUCUGUGGGCCUUCUGUCAGGGGGAGGGCAUCGAGCAGACCUCCUUGCUUCCGGGCUCACCGCAGCUAAAUGGGGUUGCUGAGCACCGCAUUGGCUUGGUCAUGGAGGUCGCUCGUACCUCCUUGGUCCAUGCGGCGGCUCCCCAUUUUCUGUGGCCGUUUGCAGUCCGCCCCUUUCCCUCCCCCGCCGCUUUUCCUCGCUCCAGGUCCCCCUCCGGUAGAUCCCCUUCCCCCUCAGGUGUCUCUCAGGUAGACCCACCUCCCAUCGCUGAGCCUGUCGAGGUCACUGGUGACUCAGGUGCUGCUGAGGGUGGUGCUGCUAGGGGUGCUGUGCCGGGGGGUGCGGAGCCUGAGGGUGCUGAGCCUGGGGGUGCGGAGCCUGGGGGUGCUGAGCCUGGGGGUGCGGAGCCUGCGGGUGCUGAGCCUGGGGGUGCUGUGCCUGGGGGUGCUGAGCCGGGGGGUGCUGUUCCCGGGGGUGCUGAGCCUGGGGGUGCUGAGCCUGCGAACACUGCGACUGUAGGUACUGGAGGUUCUCAAGCUGCCGAGGCUGGUGGUACUUGUGCUGGAGACAUCGGUGGCGAGGGCACUGGAGGUGCUGGUCCGCGUGGAGCUCGCGCUGGAGGUGCUGGCGCUGCCGGAGCUGAGGGUGCUGGGGCUGGAGAGCCUGGAGCUGCUGGAGGUCCUGGUGCUGGUGGUUCUGGUGUUGGAGACGCUGACUGUCCUACUGCUGGUGGUGCUGUGCAACGGCGCCUGUUCUUCACUCCGCCGUCGCCGUCGUCUCUCCCACCGCCAGACUCCGUGCUUCGUCAGGUUCUUACACUCCCGUCAUCUACUGGUCUACCGUUACAGCUUGGCUCUCCACUGCCUCCUCCGGCACCUUACACUGCGCAGCCUGACUCACUUACUAAGCGUCGUGCGCCUGAGUUUCGUUUUGCCCCUCCUGUUCGCGCUAGUAGCACUGUUCGCGCUGGUCGCACUGCCCGUCGUGUCCCGCGUCCGCGUCCUCCUCCUGUGCCUGGCACGCACACCAUGGCACUUCGUCCUUCCUCUGUUCCACAGCGUGUCCCUCUGCCGUCUCCUCCUGCUUCCUCUCUUCCUGAUGUUCCCGACCCUGAGUCUGAUGCUGUUCGUGCUGAGCACCCUACUGUCACGCGUCUCCUCGCCACUGUUGUCACUGACCCGUCGUUUGAGUCUGCUGCUGCGUCUGCCUUAGUUGCUGAGCUGGUCGACUUUGCUGCCGCUUGUCGUCUAGACUACGCCGCUAGUCUUGUUGCUUAG